AUGGUGUCCCAGACCCAGUCCCAGUGUUAUACCCCUUCCUCUUCGUCGUCUUCAUCGUCGUCUUCGUCGUCCUCGGGUUCUACGACAUCCGACACUCACACCACACUCAUCGGCGGCGGCGGACUCGUCCCAGGACUCGGUGGACUCGGCCUACCUCCACGACUCGGCAGCCGAUCGAGUUACAACAACACUAGCCGACCGUAUCCAGCUGUAUAUUAUUCAUCUCCCACUAGUUUGCCGUCUCUGGACUCUGAUAGACACCACCACCGUCACCCCGGGCACGGCUACCAGCUUCCUUCACACCCUCUUCACGACGGCCACUCGCGUGGACACCUGAGUAUGUCUGAUCAAGGAGGGCACGGAGGUAUGGAUGGGUCAGACUCCACACCACAAAGAAAAAGGAUCGCUGUUGCUUGUGGAAGGUGUAGAAAGCGAAAGAUCAGAUGCAGUGGUGACCCGGGGCAAGGGCAGCCAUGCUCGAACUGCAAGAAUGCCAAUGCCGAGCCGUGUCAAUUUCUAAGGGUGAGCUUCACUACUUUUGUCAUCACUUUCAGGUUGUCUAACAAGCGCCAGGUUCAAUCAAGAGAAGCCCCUUUCAUCCGAAGUGAGCCGGUUGGCGAUAGCCCUUUUGGCUACAAUGUUGGUGAUGCCAGACUAUACCACGCUUCCCGCGCGCCCACGUAUCAUGCCUCUCCCAGUCCGCACGCAACAGCCUACGCUUCCGACCUUUUAUCCACCACUGGGCAUCAUAUGGGACAUGGCAGCACUACCGACAUUACAGGUAUCUCAUCGUACAGAGGCAGCACUCAUGGCGGCGGCUACUCAUACGUCCCGGUCAAACCAGCGUAUUACACGGCCGCAUACAGCUCCUCGCCACACGGCCUAACGUACGGGGUCCACUCUGAUGUGGACAACUUUGGGGGUUAUGGUUUGCCGGUCCCCACCGGAGAAGCCCAUCACGAUGCCCCCAGCGGCAUCCCGGUCAUGUCCAUGCCUGGGGCCCCAGCUUGGCCAUCUAGCAGGAGCAUGAAAUCCCCGAGCGGGUACGGCAGCAUGUAUCUGGAUCCAGAAGUAACCGCAUCCCCAACCACCUACACAACCCCCCCACCAUCGGCCUACUCAGCAGUCCGGGGCCACUCAGCCGCCGGGGACGGGCCGAAUUUCUCCUUCACAAACAUGUCAGCUUCGUUGCCGUCGUCUCAGUCGGAUCGUGUGCUUCCUGUUCCUUCUUCCACCGCCGCCACCACCACCACGACCAGUCACCGCUCCUCCACCUACCCACCUCUCUCAGGGGCCAACAAACCCCCAACGGCCACAGACUCGAGCUACGACAGCUACGGCUCCUCUCGCACCGAGUCCAGCGGCCCAGAAAGUAUCUUUAGCGACUCGGAACGCGCUGCAGCGUUCUCGAACAGCCAGGGGCCAGCAGCCUUUGACAUGAGCCCGUACGGCACCAGCUCCGGGUCGACCGACGCUUCUGGCCGAAGGGACUCUGCAUACGCCGCGGCGGGGGCUGGACACGAGACUGGCGGUGGGCAUGACGGGCCGUCGCUGCCUUCCCUGUCGUCUGCGUAUGAGAGGCAUCAUGCUGCUGUUGCCACCCGGCACUAG